UACCAAUGUAAGAGGUAGCCUUGGGAACAACAUCGUACACAGUGCUACGAUAACGGGCUUUUCUUUUCCAACGUUCAAUCAGAUUUUACCCGAACAGAUCGCAAAACCUCACGACAAUGGCCAUCUUCUCCAACAAGAAAUUCCGCGGCGCGGCGGACGCGAACAAGCUAGGCAUCAAAUACCGAACCGCGAUGCAAAAAUACCCAUUCUUGCUCUUCGGGUUGCCAUUUAUUAGCAUAAUAGUGGCAGGAUCGUUCGUCCUCACUCCCGCAACUGCCAUCCGAUACGAAAAGCACGACCGACGGGUCAGGCAGAUGACAAAAGAGGAAGAACUGGGACUGGGCAAGGACAGAAGACAGGUCGACAUUAGGGAGGAGUACUACAGGCUCGCAGCCAAGGAUCUCGAUAAUUGGGAACAGAAGCGAGUGGAGCGAUUCAAGGGCGAGAGCGACGGCAAGCUAUGAUGGAUUCCAACUCAACAAAUCAACACCACAUACGUAUGCGUGGAGCAAUGGAUGACUCCCGAGUCUUCAACGGGAGCCAAUAGAUGAUGUCGCCGCCUAAUGGGCGCAUGUCAGAAAUUUACGAGCAGAUCCCAUCCCUAACCAGGACGAUCAGUUGGCAGUGCUGUGCCGCUCCAGAACGUACGCCGAACUGGCGGGGUUGAGGACUUUGUCUCAUUGAAAGCAAAGGGAUACUGUUGCAUGUCGAUCAACAGGUCUGUCAGCGACUGGCUUUGCUCAGCAAGUUCCUAACAAGGUCUUAGCGGAUUUCUCUUGAAACUUUUUUUUAUUUUGAUGUGGCGCCCCUAGCAGGCCUUAGAGGGCUUGUCAGCCACUGGCAGUUAUGCUUCGGCCGUGUCGUGCUGCAUUGGUUAUCUGGUGUACUACCUUGCCUUUUUUGCCUUUAACCAGGCACGAAAGCACGUUUCUUCGGGCUUCCAAAGCUAUAGCCUUGACCCAAGGUACCCUACAGGGUCUCACUUAAAGCGGUAGUCAUCUUACCCCUGAGCUGCAAGGGUGGGACCAAACUUUAUAGUUUCCUAUCGGCGAACCUUUGAGGUCUUGUUCUGUAACAAAUUGAGGAAUGUGGGUGUAUUUUGCUGUAUCCUAGAAAACCUGGGGACCUGGCGAUCACCAAAACACUAGUCACAAACUCUCAAGUGCCGGGGGGCGUUCACGGGGCGAAGUCACAGGCGGCCUCGGGCG